AUGAGCUCUGAAGUUGAAAUUAUAUUGAAGGUGUCGAUGGUGAUAUUGCAAAUGAUUCAGUUCACCAGCGGGUUGCUUUCUGUAUUGAUAAUUGGUCCUGUUGUGGGAUUGGUGUUGUUUGAUUUAUUGAGAUAUGUGUACCGGCUACUCAGCUCUUCUUCUACCACUAAACAAGUUGUUGAACCAGAACCAACUUCCAGAUUCCAACAGUUCAAGAAGACCCCAUUGUACCCAGUGUUGGUCAACGGGGUGCUCUUCACCGCUGGCGUGUGGUUUAUCCAAUCUCCAUUGAUGGAUCUUUUGAACCCUCAGUAA